UCAGAGCCUGGACAUCACUGUAUGCAGCAUACUUUCUUUUUUCUUCACUAGUUUUGGUUCUCUUGUGACUACCUUCUACCUCAGAAGUUAUUUUAUAAAUUAGAACAUGUUAAAAUCCUUCAGAAAGAGCAAUUGUUUAAUAGUAUAUGCUUUUAAAUUAGGCUCCAAUUUUAUGACUGUGAAUAACUUUUUUUAAACUCUGAAAAGUUACGGAUGUCUGUUUUGAUGUUGGUCUCCAUUUUUGGAGGAGGUGGGCCUGGAGUAGUCAGGAAGUUUAAGAAAAUAAUACUGGAAUAGAAUCUAAGGACUCCUAAAACUUUUUUUUUUUUUUUUUAACAAAGGUAUGAGGGUGCUGGUUGAUGCUCGAGAGAAGCUUCAUAUUCCUUGGGGAGAUAACUCAAACCAACUCAAUGGAGACAAGAUGAUGUCAUUUGACACCCGUUCACCCUUGGUGGCCCAAGGACUGGUGGAAACUCGAGUUUUUUUACAGUAUCUUCCUGCUAUAAGAGCAUUAUGGGCAGACAGCGGCAUACAGAAUGCCUAUGACCGACGUCGAGAAUUUCAACUGGGUGAAUCUGUAAAAUAUUUCCUGGAUAACUUGGAUAAACUUGGAGAACCAGAUUACGUUCCAUCACAACAAGAUAUUCUGCUUGCCAGAAGGCCCACCAAAGGCAUUCAUGAGUACGACUUUGAAAUUAAAAAUGUUCCUUUCAAAAUGGUUGAUGUAGGUGGUCAGAGAUCAGAAAGAAAACGUUGGUUUGAAUGCUUCGAUAGUGUGACGUCAAUACUUUUCCUUGUUUCCUCAAGUGAAUUUGACCAGGUGCUUAUGGAAGACCGACUCACCAAUCGCCUUACAGAAUCUCUGAACAUUUUUGAAACAAUUGUCAAUAACCGGGUUUUCAGCAAUGUCUCCAUAAUUCUCUUCUUAAACAAGACAGAUUUGCUCGAGGAGAAAGUGCAGAUUGUGAGCAUCAAAGACUAUUUCUUAGAAUUUGAAGGGGAUCCCCACUGCUUAAGAGACGUCCAAAAAUUCCUGGUGGAAUGUUUCCGUAACAAACGCCGGGACCAGCAGCAGAAGCCCCUCUACCACCACUUCACCACGGCUAUUAACACGGAGAACAUCCGCCUGGUGUUCCGCGACGUGAAAGAUACUAUUCUCCAUGACAACCUCAAGCAGCUUAUGCUCCAGUGACGUACAAAAGACUCGCUGUUUUAAUACCCUUCUGUCUUUUUUAUUGUUUUCUGUUUGUUUUGUUUUUUAAAAUAGUUUACAAACAGGAAUUAGAAAAAUCUUGAUUCUGUGUUGACAUUCUUGGGCAUCUUGGUCCUUCUUCAGCGGACUUGGGUCUGCGGCUGAAAGUGGCUGAGGGACGUGGCCAGCACCUGCUGGGGCUCAGGCUUCGGUCAUUUCAUGAUGGCUUCCAUCAGAGGGGAGUUGUAGCUUCCUGCCAAACCUCAGACGAGGAUAGUUCGGGCUCUAAAUCCUUCCACUUUUCAAACUGAAUUCUCCUGUAGUGCCAAGUGUAGAAGGCGCCCUUAAAUAUUUGUAGGUAUGAGGUUAAGAAUAUCCCAUUUAAAACAAGCAAGAUACCUUGUGUCUGUCGCCUGGCAGCGCCCCCGUGCUCACUUCAUGGCGACCUUUUUGAAAUGGCUGUUGGAAAACAUUUGGUGUUAGGAAUGACACUCUAUAGAUUCACACAGAUGUAGCCUUCAUGUACUUUUCCUUACUUUCAGACACAAAGUAUAAAUUAAGUGAAUUUACUUUGUUUUCAGUUUCUGUGGUUCCUAAAGGAAAUGUUUUUAUUGUUUUAAAGUUUACAUGAGGAUUUCUGGUUUGAUGCUAAUGAAAGUUCACAAAUGGUACGGAGGGAGCAGAAGGCAAGCAAGUGCCAUAUAUAGUGAAAGAUCAGAGUUAGGAGUGAAGUGUAACUUACCCUUUUCCUAUUUAAAUAUGUCACAAAAGUGCUGGAUGUGAAACAUUCUGUCCAUAGCAGUACCUAAAAAUGGCAGGCAGUUUGAUAACAGAAGUUUCUAAAUAAACAUACCCUUUCCAGACUGUUGGGUUUUACUCCCCGCUGUAGACCCUGCCUCGGGUGCUUUGGGGCCUUACGUAGGACACCGAUUUGUACCGUCACGUCGUCUUUCUCUUGCUCUCCUGUCUGUUCCCAGCAGCUCAGUGACAUUUAUGGGAUUUCUUUUGUUCAUUUGGAGCUUAUAGUAUUUUCAUGUCAAACUAUUCAAGAAAGUAUUACUUCAAAUUCCUAUUCGUUCUUGGUGUGUCACUAAAAAAAUUGCAGUAUGUGCUUGUAUAUACCAUUGUUUAUGAAAUUCCAACUUUAGUGAAGUACCUUUGGAAUGCUUUAAGGACUUUCCUGAGAAUAAGAGGUAAUUAUUUUAGUUCACACCGAACUAUGAUUGCAUUUGACCUCCCUGUGCCACUUACCAAAUGAAAACACACCUAUGUGGUAGCUUUGUGAUGAUAGAUACAUUCACAGUGAGUUCUUCAGAAUGGCUGGUUUGCAAUACUGAAAAUACUGGCUUGCAGGGUAAGUGCAGUGUUGGAAUUGGAGUAGAGACAGAUGGACAAGGCUGGGGAGUUUGGAAAGUCUGGCAGCUUUUCUCCUUUUCCUCAAAGUUGUGAUUAAGACUGUGAUACCAUCACUUUGCUGUAUAGCUGACUAGGUUCUCAGGUAUUUUCUUGGCUGGAAGUUCUUGAAAGGUGGGUCAGUGUUAUGGGUCACACAGUGCUUCCAAGACAGUGGCUCUUCAUCUGCCUUGCCAUCUAGUAUGAGACUAGGGCUUUUCCGUGAUCUAACCAGGGAUGGUUUCUUCGUGCCUGAUUUUUCUUGCACUUGCAGUUCCGUCCACUGGCAUGACAUUUAUAGUCACUUUCAGUAUUUUCAUGCCUUGGUGAUAAAUGGCCUCCAGACCUGUCGCCCACAUGCACAGUUUGAACAAUUCUACAUCUAGUGCUUCUUGCCAAAAAGAAUACUUUGUUUAAAUUCAGAGUUGGAAUAAUUUCAGUGCUGGUGAAUAUCUGCAUACACGCACAGUAACAUUUGGAUGCCCUUUGGUGGCAAGCCUGUGUGUAAAUUUAGCAAACAGUUUAAUGGGAGGGCCAAACCAUUAACUCCAGCGAAGGCUGAAGUGAGUUCCCUGUAUGAUGAGGAAACUUUAAGAUCCACAGAUGUGAACCAUAAAUAUUGCCUGACAAAGCAGAAAUCACCGGUUUCCCCAUGUUGACUACCACCAAGAAAUGACACACCAAACAGAUAACUUCAUUAUCUUGGGCAUUUGUGAUUUUCUUUCCUGAUGUGUGUGAUGUCUCAGAGUCAACAUUAUAGUAAAAUUUAGAAUAUAUUUUGAGGCAGUAAAUUACUUAUGUUUAAUGGUGAGCUUGUUUAGACACUCAGUAAAAUUGUAAAGUUCAAUCUGAAUGCUUUAGUCCACACUUUUUAGAUACUGUAUUUUUAAACCACAUGAAGGAGUCAUUACACCUAUGUCAUGCAAACCAGAUGCUUUUGAAAUACCACUAUAUGAAGACAGAGGUGACAUUUAGUGAACAAAAUUGAAAGGGUGCUUAUAGAUUUCACUAUGCCAAUUUCCCCCUAGCCUCUAAAAAAGUGAUUUAAAUGGAAAGUUCUUUCAUGUUUUAGCUUUACUCUAAGAUUUCAUGGUUAUUUGGAAUAAGAUGUGCCUAAUUCUCUUACAUUCUGUUCUUGAAUCUGAAUGCCUUCUGGUUUAAUUCUGAAGAAAUGUCACAGAGUGUCUUCGUUGACCUUGAAGAAAUUUAUAGUAUACAGAGUUGCCUUACAAAUCAAAAACCACCACACAUUAGGGUCUUGAUUUUUAUAUAGAAAAACAGUUUUGUCAAAUGUGCUUUCUGAAGAUCCAAAUAAGUCAAGGCGUGCCUCUGCCACUUCAGUAUUAUUUUUAAUAACCUGAAUCGUUACUUUCUGCCAAAUAUUGUAUUAAGUUUAAAUCUUCAUUUCAGUCUUACUGUCUGGAAAGGGCACUUGAUGGCUAGGGAGCAACCGCAACCCAAGAAGGCAGCUUGGACUGAAAAAAGGUCAUUGGUUUUUGUUUUGAUUUCUUUGAAGUUUCAUUGGCAUGUAUUUUUUACAAAGUGAGGAUCCUCUGGUGAAUCUCUCGAGUGAGGUUGUUUAGGGGAAUCCUUGUUCAGUUGAUGGCAGUGCUUGGUUUAAAGCAGAAGGAAGGAAAGAAGGAAGAUGCCCUUACUACCAGAAAUGAUCAGAAGUAUUUAGAUUUGACAGAAAUCUUAUGUCCUAUAAUUUCUUAUAAGAAGGAAUGAGUAAACCUUAACUUCCAAUGUAUACCCAAAUACUUGUGUUUAUGCUUUUAAUAAGAUGUCUUUUCAGCAUUAGGACACAUACCCAGUUAUGCCUUAUUUAGAUGAAGAAUAAAGUUACCAAGUUAAUGUUCUGAAACUCAAAUCACUGUUUGAGAAGUCCUCAAAUUGGUGCUUUCAUUAUAUAAUGAUACAUUUAGACAAAACCCCAAACCAAGCCAUUUGAAAUAAGAUUUCUCUCCAUUGCAGUUUGUAGCAAUGUUAUUUCUGUAUAUGAAAUCAUGCCUGUAAAGUUCAGUGAAAUAUUUGUUAAAAAAAGAAACUCCCUAAUAAAACUAGAGAAAGUUA